UCCGGCGCAGAGCCACAGUGGGUAUGCAGACAAUUUAGUCGAUAACGUGCGCGCCUUCCAGUUAUGUAAUACCACUGGUGACAGCAUGCUGUAGCGGUCGGGGCCUCGAGGUGAUGUGAUUUGAGCCGAGUGUACACGCGGGGACAAAACAGUGAGUGCUGUGCACGGAUGUUGGAUUAAAGUGGUCGAAACAGGUUGACCUGCACGAAAAAUGGGAAAGAAGGGUCGCAGGACCAGGUGGCGCACUUUGACUAUCACGGAUGAACAUAGCGACAGUGAAGAAUCCAAUACGACCACAUCGGGUCACCGCGUGCCCAACGGAUACCCGCCAAAGUCCUAUUACUCGCGUUUCACGUAUUCUAGUCAAUCGACGCCCACAAGAAGAUACCAGUGCGAUGGUACGAAAUCGACGAGGUCCAGCAGCACUGCCAGUGAAAACAAGAUUACUUUCAACGAAGGUGAGAAGUUUUUGAAAGAAAAAGACGAGUAUACGCGCAUUACGACUCCUAGACAAGACGUACUAUUCAAAAAGGGUUACUUGAACAAGCCCAAGACCUACCAGACCCAGACGUCAACUGGAAAUUCUACCACAUCCACUGGUAACUCGACCGGUAACGGAACACCGGACCAUCAAUCAACUGAUCUAGAAUACGAAUCGCAAUUCGUCUUCCCGAAUGGUUUCGUCGACCAGAACGGAAUCUAUUACGUCAAUAGCUUCGAACCGUAUCCCGUCAUGGUCUACAACCCGCCCACCUACUACCCGGAGUACACCAACGUCAAGACGAAAAGAUGCAGCACGGGAUCGUUGACGGAGUCGACGAGUCCGAAUAAUGAAGAAACUAGUCAAGAUCUGAGCCAGAGCGAGACACCGAGCAACGUUUCGGAGUUGAAUCAGGUGUACAAUGUGAUUUAUCCGGGAUACUACUAUGGAGCCUGUCAGGCGCAAGAUGCUGUCUGCGAGCCCGAACCCCGCCGCGUGAAAAAACGAAGACGAAGAAAGCUUUCCCGUUCGAAACAAGAGGGCACCACAUCCGAAUCAUCGGAUGAGAUCUUCAGCGACGCGGAAGAAACGAAGACUGAAACUCCGGCAAAAACAAUCGACCAAAAUAAAGACGUGCAAAAAGAAAACGAACUAAAAGAGGAGAAUGUAAAAGAAGAAGAACCAAAAGAAGAAAACGUCAAAGAAGAAACGAAACCCGUUACGGAAGUCGAAGCGACAGCAUCACCUGAAGAAACCCAAGACGAAAACGCACAAAAAGAAGAAGAAUCAAAAGACGGCAAACCCACGAAGUACGACCUCAAACCGGACGCCGAAGAAUUCGUCCCAAGGGCGUACCGCCAACCAGAAACCAUUCCCAUCGAACCAGCGAACGUCCAGUUUAUAAAAAUCCCGUCGAAUUUCGUACCAGUGCCCAUCUUGAACCCAAUGGGCGAAUUCAACGCAUUUAUCCCGCCUGGUAUUCCCAUCAACUUUAUACCUCAGAACUAUGUAAAUUUCGUACCGUAUAAGCAACCAGUCCACGUGACGGACGAAAAAGAAGAAGAGAAGAAGGAAGAAACGAAAGAAACGGUUGAAGUUCCUAAGAACCAGAUCGACAUAGCGAAGAUUGUGUCGAAGCUGGAAGAAGCGGCUAAAGAGCAGGACGAAAAGAAGGAGGAGACGCAAAAGAGUGGAGGCAAAAAGAGGCACAAGUACCAAAAGGUGGAGUUGAGGAGUAGAGAAGAGAAAGUUUGGAAUAAAGUGACAAGUAGUCCGAAGAAGGAAGAAGCGAAGGUGGUGAGAAAUUAUUCGGAUACUUUGAAAAAGUCAGUUGUGCAGCCGUGCGAACGGCAUGAGAGGAAUAUGGAGAAAGCAAAAGCAGGAAGAGUGAGAGAAGCCAAAGAGAAUGUUGUGAAGAGUCACCAAAGAAUGGAAAGAACGCCGCCAAAAUCUACAAACGAAUGGAUUUCGGUGUCGAGGAAGAAGAGAAAGAACAAAAACGUUGAAGAAAUUGAAGACGUUGAAGAGAAGACUGAGCAAGAAGUGGAAGAGAAUUUGGAAAGAAUAGAAGAAACGCCACAGGUACCACAAGAACCAACACCCCCACCAUUACCACCACCGAAAGAGACAAUACAAGAACCCACUACUCCACCACCACCAUCACCACCAUCGCCACCACCGCCAUCACCAACACUACCAAUAGUACAGGAGCCGCCCGUGAUUGAAAUCAAACCCGAAGAAACUAAAGAAGAGAAGAAGCCAAAGAAGAAAUCGAGAAAGAAUCAUACGAAGUCGACACCUCCUGCCAUCACAAAGAGAGUUAUUAUCACCGAUGUGGAUUUGUCGGUGCCGGAAGUAAAAAAGGAGGUUGAAGAAGAAAAAGAAGUGAAAAUUGAAGAGGAGAUUAAACCGAUCGAAGAAGUUAAAGUAGUCGAAGAAACGAAACCAGAAGAAGAAAAAGCACCAGAGAAAGUAGAGGUCGCAGAAGAAGACACAGAGAAAGUGGAGAUCGUCGAAGAAGAGAAGAAGGAAAGUACAGAGAAGAAGUCGAAGAAGAAGAAAAAGAAAGUAGGAACGAAGUCGACAAUUUUGAGCCGCCAGUCGAGCUCGAACAAUGCUCUGAAUGUGUCUGAUGACUCCUAUGACUUCCUUUUGGACGAAUCUCUGGAAAAAACAAAUUUAGAGGUCUCCCAAGAACUCGACAAGAUGAUCCAGCGUGGUAUGUACAGCAGCCUCGAGGAGAAGAUCAAGUCGAUGAACAUCGAGUCCAACGACAACUUCUUCAAAACGAUCAUCAGUAACAUAUCAAGCAGAGAAUCAAGCGUCGAAAAGAACCACCCCUAUAUCAAGACCCCCGAUUUUGGCAGACUGAUGACGACUGCGCCAAUUAAGCCACAACAGACCCCCGACCCGAAACCAGGCGAUUUUUUAGGUGAAUCCACCACCCCCGACAGUUGUGGGGGUGGUGACGCCGCAGAAGCCGCCGCCCCAAGCGACCCCUACCCCAUCACGCGUGCAGUGAAGGAGUGGAUGACGAAAACGCGCGAGACGACCCCGGAUGUGGAGAUCCUGAAGAGUCCCAGCGCCAUCUUCAAGGAGUUCGGGGUCGAUGAUGACGAAGUGACCGUUUACACAUGCGACGACCGGAAGACUUCGGUUUCUUCGGUUGAAGAAGCAGAAGAAGUGCUCGAAACGUACGAGAGUCAAUACGGGAAGAACGAAGACUUCCUGAAGAUACAGGCCGAGGUGGAGGAACUGAAGAACAGCUACCCGAAGCACGGGAACUUGCCGUACCGUGCGAUCUGUUGCAGUAUCAUGUGAUGAAGAAGACUUUACCUAUGUACUUAAGACGUUUCUCUUCCAUCGGUUUAGGUCUGUGGUGAUUGACGUUGAGUGUGACGCACGCAGUCUUGUGCACACAAGAGACUGUUGAGACACUGGUUUGUACUUAUGAUGGUGUCGUCCCUCCCCCUAUCCCUUCUCCUGCUCGAAGAGACUGAGUUAUACGCUUAAGGCAGGACUUAAGUGCGUCACACUGCUACACGAUGUUAAUGUCUCUUUGAGUCUAUUCAUUGUUUCGUAAUGUUGAAUCGUUAUUGUUAUAUAGUUGAUAGGGGAGACGAGUGAGGGCAGUGUCGCGGUUUCUAUUAUAUGGCGGCCGCCGUUUUCCUACAAUUGACGAUCAGUUUUCGUUUUUAGUCGAAUUUUUACCUUGGUUCGAUUCACCUAUCACUAGUGUAAAAACGCCAUUUGCUCAUUUCUUAUUGGUUGUCUAGGAUGUAAUGUAGCGUGCAAUUUAUUUUGUGUGGUUGGGUGGGCCCCCGCCUCCGUUUUGUUCAUGUGGAAAAUUAUCGCGACAAUAUAUAUAUAUAGAAAGGGGGUGUAAAAUUACAAAAAAAAAGACACUGUAUGUAUGUAAGUCUAGUGUUAAGUUUGUUUUGCGCAUGUAUGAAGUUUUUUCUUUUUUCUUUCGUUUGGUUGUUCUAUUAGUUACUUUAUUGUUACAAUGUUUGUUAUUUUUGAGAGUUGUGCCUUUGCAAAAUUUGUAAAAUAAAGAAAAUUACUAAUAAA